GGGAAAGGCGCAGGGUGAUAGCAGAGCCAUUGAUACCCAGCCUGAGUCCCCACGGCCUCCCCAGGUCCCCGGCACGAGGAUGGAGCACGGCAUGAACGUGCUGCAUGACUUUGGGAUCCAGUCCACGCGCUACCUGCAGGUGAACUACCAGGGCUCCCAGGACUGGUUCAUCCUGGUCUCCGUGCUGGCCGACCUCAGGAACACCUUCUAUGUGCUCUUCCCCAUCUGGUUCCACCUCCGGGAGGCCGUGGGCAUCCGGCUGCUCUGGGUCGCUGUGGUCGGAGACUGGCUUAACCUGGUCUUCAAGUGGAUUCUCUUCGGACAGCGCCCGUACUGGUGGGUCCGGGACACUGACUACUACGGCAACGCCUCGGUGCCUCUGAUCAAGCAGUUCCCUGUCACCUGCGAGACGGGACCAGGGAGUCCUUCUGGCCAUGCUAUGGGUGCAGCAGGUGUAUACUAUGUGAUGGUCACAUCCACCCUUUCUAUCUUUCGGGGAAAGAAAAAGCCAACAUACAGAUUUCGGUGCCUGAAUAUCACCCUUUGGUCCGUGUUCUGGGCUGUGCAGCUGAAUGUGUGUUUGUCCCGGAUCUACCUCGCUGCUCACUUCCCGCACCAGGUUGUCGCUGGAGUCUUGUCAGGUAUUGCUGUUGCGGAAACUUUCCACCACAUCCGGGGCAUCUACGAUGCCAGCCUCAGGAAGUACCUCCUGGUUACCUUCCUCCUGUUCAGUUUCGCUGUUGGCUUCUACUUGCUGCUCAGGGCUCUGGGCGUGGACCUCCUGUGGACGCUGGACAAAGCCAAGCAGUGGUGCGAGCGGCCGGAGUGGGUGCACAUCGAUACCACGCCCUUCGCCAGCCUCCUCAAGAACCUGGGGACCCUGCUGGGCCUGGGGCUGGCCCUGCACUCAGACAUGUACCGUGCGGGCUGCUGUGGCUGGCUCAGCAGACGGCUUCCAUUCCGCCUGGCCUGCAUCGGGGUCUCACUCGUGCUCCUGCACCUCUUGGAUGCAUUGAGGCCUCCGGCACGGGCCGAGCUGGUCUUCUACGUCCUGUCUUUCUGCAAGAGCGCGGCGGUGCCGCUGGCGUGCGUCAGCUUCAUCCCCUGCUGCCUGGCCCGGCUCCUGGGCCAGUCCCGCAGGAAGGCACAGUGAGCUGUGUGGAGUCCGCAGAUCCAAACCAGUGACAGGGCCGGGUGGGGACCACAGCCUCCUGCCAGGGCCUUUUGGGGCCAGCUCCUGGGAGCCUCUCCCCACUCUGCGGCCGACCCUAAGGAGAGAUGGUUUCAAGACGCUGAUGAGACCGCUGCAGGAAGCCUGGACUGUCAGAAGUUGCGUCCUCCUGGAUGCUCCUUGAGAGCUUCUCUCCUGAUUCUCCCGCCUGACGGGGCAGCGAGACCUCCAGGUCGGGGAGCUCCGGAGCCCAGGACGGAGACUGCAACUGAGACUUCACCAGGUGUGCUCAUCCUCACCCCCACAGGAGAAAGGCGCAGUGAAUUUGCUAGGGAAGGGAGGAUGGGGCGAGGAGUGUUUUAGUACCUUGCGCAUAAUUGCUAGACGCCAAGCAGAGUCUAAAUGGCCUCAGUGGUAUGUGAAUCCUUAGACGUGGUGCUCUCGGCAAUGGCAGACCAGCCAGGUGUGGUGGUGCACACGUCAUCCCAGCACUUGGGAGGCUGAGGCAGGAGGGUUGCAAGCUUAAAUCAAACCUGGGCAAUUUAGCAGCUUAGAGAGACCUUGGCUCAGAAUGAAAGAUAAAACAGGGCUGGGGAGGUAGUUCAGUGUAAAGGCCCUGGAUUCAAUCCCUGGUGCCGCACAUUGAAAAAAUUCUGCCUCUGGCAUUUUUCUAUGCAUGGCCCUGGUGUUGAUUUCCAAAUGGCUGCAGUGACUGAGGUACUGGACCAGGCCUGAACAUUCAGCCCUCCUUGACUUCUCUUCCAUCAUCUUCCAUCUUCCUCCCUAUCAGUCCGGCUCUGUUUUCCCAGACUUCCCGCUGGCUCAGAGCCUCAAAUGCCCAAAGGGCAACUCUUUGGUGGUGCUUUCGCAGCUUCUAAAACCUUGCCAAGAAAUGCCGAGGAGGGGGCCAGGACUCCUCUCUGUCACUCCAGUGUUGCUCUCGAUCCCUGCAGGGUAAACACAACUCCUUUCUCUAUGCCAAGCCAUCCCAGUGCACAUCUGUAGAGGAAAAGCCAAGUGCUCCGUGCCAGUUUGCAGUAUAUGGCCUUAAAACAAAAAACACCGAAGCCUAUUUAUUCGAGACUCCUUGUUUUUGCUACUGAUGAUGUAGACUAUCGUAUAUUGUCAUUCACACCAACCACCCUAACACCCUUGAAAAAACAACAUGUGGGCAGUAUUUUAUUAAAACAUUUUAUUUAAAAACAAA